UUUUGAAAUUGGAAGGUACUUACGUCCUGGAAGCUGGAGAAGAGAGGCAAGAGUCAUGCGGUGAUUGUGUAAUUUAAUAUCCAUGUAUUUCUAUCUGAUCUAUCUGUCUUCUUUGGUCAAGUAGAUUGAUUUAUAUUCAAUGGGAGAGGUGCUUGGUAGUAGGUUCAAUCUUGCGGUGACCUUGCAAUGUGACAAGAGGGGUGAUAAGGCACGUAUUGUAUUGUUGCUAUUUGUGGUAAAAUGAGGGGGUUUGGUCUCAUAUUAAUUGAUCUUAUUCUAUCUACAUUAUAUUAUCUUGUUUAAUGUGUUACUCUGUUUGUAUGAACUUAAUACUUUGAGAUAUGUGCUGAAUAGCGGUAAUGGUGACAGGUGCGGCGUGUAUUUAAAUGGCAGGCCACCGGAAUCCGGUACAGAAGAUUUGACUCAGGCUACGUUCUCAGCAUACGACAGGAGAUUCCAAAACAUAUGGCACGUUAACAGCGCCGUACUCGUAGUAAUAAAAGAGCUUGCGGCGCCAGACCCUGCAGCCUAAGCUUGGACGGACUCACCAGCUAGCAGCAGCCUAGAGAGGUCAGCAAUGGCAUCUCUGUAGCUUUCCCUGUCGAUCCUUUCUAGCCAAGGAAAACAGUUCUUGCAGCGUCUUCUCCUCUGGCUUAACAAGCAGGGCUGCAACAGGAGCUGAUCCAUUUGGAAGCAACAGAGAUUGUGCACGUAGAUGGGUUCCCUCACAAACGGUGAGGUUGCUGAUUCUGAGACUCAGGUGACUCCCUUUGCUAAAGCUGGGUUUUUCAGCAAGAUGUCAUUUUGGUGGUUGAAUCCUCUAAUGAAGAUGGGCUACAAGAAACCCCUUGAGGACAAAGACAUGCCACUUUUAGGUGCCACAGAUCGAGCAUGCAACCAGUACUCGAUGGUCAUGGAGAAGAUGAAUGGCAAGGAGUCGCUAUCACACGCCACACCAUCAUUCUUCUGGACUAUUGUUUCUUGUCACAGGCGUGCAAUCUUGGUCUCAGGAUUCUUUGCUUUGCUCAAGGUUCUCACCUUAUCUGCUGGCCCAGUAAUCCUCAAGGCGUUCAUCAAUGUAUCACUUGGGAAAGGGACCUUUAAACACGAAGGCUAUGUGCUAGCUGCGUUAAUGUUCAUCUGCAAAUUCUGUGAAUCCCUGUCACAGAGACAGUGGAAUUUCCGCACUCGGAGAUUAGGACUGCAGGUGAGGUCAUUUCUGUCAGCAGCUAUUUAUAAGAAACAACAGAAGCUAUCAAAUGCAGCAAAAAUGAAGCACUCUUCUGGAAACAUUAUAAACUAUGUGACCGUCGAUGCAUAUCGGAUUGGAGAAUCCCCAUACUGGUUCCAUCAAACAUGGACAACAAGUGUUCAGCUUUGCAUUGCUCUGGCAAUUCUAUACAAUGCGGUUGGUGCUGCAAUGAUUUCAUCUUUGGUUGUCAUCAUUCUGACCGUACUGUGCAACGUUCCAUUGGCUAGACUGCAACACAAAUGUAAGACUAAACUUAUGGAAGCACAAGAUGUGAGAUUGAAAGCCAUGUCUGAGUCAUUAGUUCAUAUGAAGAUCUUGAAACUUUAUGCUUGGGAAGUUCACUUCAAGAAGGUCAUCGAGGGGCUGAGAAAGGUUGAGUACAAGUUGUUGUCAGCAUUUCAGCUUAUGAGGGCAUACAACAGUUUCAUGUUCUGGUCUUCACCUGUUUUGGUUUCGGCAGCGACCUUUCUGACAUGCUAUCUUUUGAAAAUCCCUCUUGAUGCUAGCAAUGUCUUCACCUUUGUGGCAACUCUACGUCUUGUGCAAGAACCAAUAAGGUUAGUACCAGAAGUUAUUGCCGUUGUGAUACAAGCUAAGGUUGCGUUCACUUGGAUAUCAAAGUUCCUUGAUGCACCUGAGCUAAACGGGCAAGUUAGGAAAAAAUACUUUGUUGGCAUUGAUUACCGUAUAGAGAUGAAUCUGUGUAGCUUCUCGUGGGACGAGAACACAUCAAAACCAACUCUAAAGAAUAUAAAUCUGAUUGUCAAAGGUGGAGAAAAGAUUGCGAUUUGUGGAGAGGUAGGAUCAGGAAAGUCGACGCUUUUGGCUGCUGUACUCGGAGAGGUACCAAAAACUGAAGGCAUGAUCCAACUCUGCGGAAAGAUAGCAUAUAUUUCUCAGAAUGCAUGGAUCCAAUCAGGAACUGUGCGAGACAAUAUUCUCUUUGGAUCAUCGAUGGAUGAGGAAAAAUACCACAACACACUCAUGAGGUGUUCGUUGGUCAAGGAUCUUGAAAUGUUGCCAUAUGGAGAUUGCACUCAAAUUGGGGAGAGAGGAGUAAAUCUUAGUGGUGGUCAGAAGCAGCGCGUCCAGCUUGCUCGUGCACUAUACCAAAAUGCAGACAUCUAUCUUCUUGAUGACCCUUUCAGUGCUGUUGAUGCCCAUACAGCAACAAGAACCGUGCAAGACAAUAUUCUCUUUGGAUCACCGAUGGACGUGGAAAGAUACCAGAACACACUCGUGAGGUGCUCGUUGGUCAAGGACCUUGAGAUGUUGCCAUAUGGAGAUUGUACUCAAAUUGGGGAGAGAGGAGUAAAUCUUAGUGGUGGUCAGAAGCAGCGGGUCCAGCUUGCUCGUGCACUAUACCAAAAUGCAGACAUCUAUCUUCUUGAUGACCCUUUCAGUGCCGUUGAUGUCCAUACAGCCACAAGUCUCUUCAAUGAAUAUAUCAUGAGUGCUCUAUCAGACAAGACUGUUCUUUUGGUGACCCAUCAAGUUGAUUUUCUACCUGUAUUUGACUCCAUUUUGUUAAUGUCAGAUGGAGAAGUUAUCCGGUCUGCACCUUAUCAAGAUCUAUUGGCAGAUUGUGAAGAAUUUAAAGACCUUGUAAAUGCCCAUAAAGAUACGGUGGGUGUUUCGGAUCUUAAUAACAACUCAGACUCUCAAAGAGCUAAGAAAGUAUCGAUCAAGGAGACAGUUGGUAUUCAUGGAAGCAGAUAUACAGAGUCUGUGAAGCCAUCGCAGGAAAAUCAACUGAUCAGGAAAGAGGAAAGGGAAACAGGGGAUGCAGGUGUUAAGCCUUAUAUGCUUUACCUGCGCCAGAACAAAGGUUUCCUGUAUUUCUCUUUUUGUGCUAUUUCUCACAUAGUUUUCAUAGCUGGGCAAAUAUCACAGAAUUCAUGGAUGGCUGCUAAUGUUCAAAAUCCUGAUGUUAGUACACUGAAGUUAAUUUAUGUGUACAUUAUUAUUGGAGUUUGCACAAUGCUCUUCUUACUAUCAAGAUCUUUAGGAAUCGUUGUUCUUGGGAUCCAGACAUCACGAUCCUUAUUUUCCCAGUUGCUCAAUUCAUUUUUCCGUGCACCAAUAUCCUUUUUUGAUUCUACUCCUCUAGGAAGGGUUCUUAGCCGGGUCUCUUCAGAUUUGAGUAUUGUUGACCUUGAUAUUCCAUUUGCCUUUGUGUUUAGCCUUUCUACUAGCUUAAAUGCAUAUAGCAAUCUAGGGGUAUUGGUUGUUAUUACAUGGCAAGCUCUGUUUGUAUCCGUGCCUAUGAUAGUUUUGGGAAUUUGGUUACAGGUACUAGCCUCGGCAAGGGAAUUGAUGCGGAUCAAUGGUACUACCAAGUCUGCUCUAGCAAAUCACUUAGGUGAAUCGAUUUCAGGGGCUACAACAAUAAGGGCCUUUGAGAAUGAAGAUCGUUUCUUUGCUAAAAAUUUGGAUCUUAUUGACAAGAAUGCCAGUCCAUAUUUCUACAAUUUUGCAGCAACUGAAUGGCUGAUUCAACGUCUGGAGAUAAUGAGCGCCACAGUUCUUUCUUUUUCUGCCUUUGUCAUGGCCAUUUCUCCUCAAGGAACUUUUAGCGCUGGUUUUGUGGGAAUGGCAUUGUCCUAUGGUCUUUCCCUAAAUAUUUCAUUUGUUUUCUCUAUUCAAUGCCAAUGCAACCUUGCAAAUCAAUUAAUCUCGGUGGAACGUGUGAACCAGUACAUGGACUUACAAAGUGAAGCAGCAGAAGCUGUUGAAGAAAAUCGACCAUUACCAGAUUGGCCCCAAGAUGGCAAUGUGGAGAUUAGAAAUUUGAAAAUCAGGUAUAGGGAAGAUACUCCCCUUGUACUACAUGGAAUCAGUUGCAAGUUUGAAGGUGGAGAUAAGAUUGGUAUAGUUGGUCGAACGGGAAGUGGCAAGACAACGUUAAUUGGUGCAUUGUUUCGACUUGUUGAACCUGCCGAAGGGAAAAUAAUUAUAGACUCUGUGGACAUCAGUACAAUAGGCUUACAUGACCUGCGUUCGCGUUUGGGUAUCAUUCCACAAGAUCCAACACUUUUUCAGGGUACAGUAAGGUACAAUCUAGAUCCUCUUGGGCAAUUCUCAGAUCAGCAAAUAUGGGAGGUUCUUCAAAAAUGUCAGCUUCUUGAAGUUGUCCAGGAGAAGGAACAGGGAUUGGAUUCACAUGUUGUGGAAGACGGGUCGAACUGGAGUAUGGGCCAAAGGCAGCUCUUCUGUCUGGGACGCGCACUGUUGAGAAGAUGCCGCAUCUUAGUUCUUGAUGAAGCGACAGCUUCUAUAGACAAUGCAACAGAUGCUAUUCUUCAGAAAACGAUCCGGACAGAAUUCAAAUAUUGCACUGUUGUUACGGUGGCCCACCGUAUACCAACAGUUAUGGACUGCGAUAUGGUACUUGCAAUGAGCGACGGGAAAGUAGUCGAGUUUGACAAACCUACAAAGCUCAUGGAAACUGAAGGAUCUCUCUUUCGUGAGCUGGUCAAGGAGUAUCGGUCAUACACAUCUAACACUAACUUUUAGAAGAGAAUGUCAAUUUCAUUUGUUUGCUUGCUGCAGCUCUAUUAGCUUUUAGAAAGGGAAUUCUUCUAUUUGGUACCUCAAGGAACGAAAAUACCAUCUGUCAGUUAUUGCCUUGAAAUUUCUUUGGCUAUCUUUUUCUACCAGAAACUCUGUGCACGGUGGACUGCCGGCCGCCUUCUUAAGAUAUAGAGGGAUAAAUGGGAGGGCCUU